AUGAACCGCCAGUUCACCUACAAGUCGGGGGCUGCUGCCAAGGGGGGCUUCAGUGGCUGCUCGGCAGUGCUCUCAGGGGGCAGCUCGUCCUCCUAUCGGGCAGGUGGCAAAGGGCUCAGCGGGGGCUUUGGAAGCCGGAGCCUCUACAACCUGGGGGGCGCUCGGAGCAUCUCACUCAACAUGGCCAGCGGCAGUGGGCGGGCAGGGGGCUAUGGGUUUGGUCGAAACUGGGCCAGUGGCUUUGCUGGCAGCAUGUUUGGCAGUGUGGCCCUUGGGCCUGUGUGUCCAACUGUGUGCCCUCCAGGGGGCAUCCACCAGGUCACUGUCAACAAGAACCUCCUGGCCCCCCUCAACGUGGAGCUGGACCCUGAGAUCCAGAAAGUGCGCAGCCAAGAGCGGGAGCAGAUCAAGGCUCUGAACAACAAGUUUGCCUCCUUCAUCGACAAGGUGCGGUUCCUGGAACAGCAGAACCAGGUGCUGGAGACCAAGUGGGAGCUGCUACAGCAGCUGGACCUGAACAACUGCAAGAACAACCUAGAGCCCAUCCUCGAGGGCUACAUUAGCAACCUGCGGAAGCAGCUGGAGACGCUGUCCGGGGACAGGGUGCGGCUGGACUCGGAGCUGCGCAGCAUGCGGGAUGUGGUGGAGGACUACAAGAAGAGGUAUGAGGAGGAAAUUAACAAGCGCACAACUGCCGAGAAUGAAUUUGUGGUGCUUAAGAAGGAUGUGGAUGCGGCUUACAUGAGCAAGGUGGAACUGCAGGCCAAGGUGGAUGCUCUGGAUGGAGAGAUCAAAUUCUUCAAAUGUCUGUAUGAAGGGGAGAUUGCUCAGAUCCAGUCCCAUAUCAGUGACACAUCUGUCAUCCUGUCCAUGGACAACAACCGGAACCUGGACCUGGACAGCAUCAUCACUGAGGUCCGCGCCCAGUAUGAGGAAAUAGCCCUGAAGAGCAAGGCCGAGGCUGAGGCCCUGUACCAGACCAAGUUCCAGGAGCUCCAGCUAGUAGCUGGCCGGCAUGGGGAUGACCUCAAGCACACCAAGAAUGAGAUCUCCGAACUGACUCGGCUUAUCCAAAGGCUGCGCUCAGAGAUUGAGAGUGUGAAGAAGCAGUGCUCUAACCUGGAGACGGCCAUCGCCGAUGCCGAGCAGCGGGGCGACUGCGCCCUGAAGGAUGCCCGGGCCAAGCUGGAUGAGCUGGAGGCCGCCCUGCACCAGGCCAAGGAGGAGCUGGCUCGGAUGCUGCGGGAGUACCAGGAGCUCAUGAGCACGAAGCUGGCCCUGGACGUGGAGAUCGCCACCUACCGCAAGCUGCUGGAGGGCGAGGAGUGCAGGAUGUCUGGAGAACACACCAAUUCUGUGAGCAUUUCAGUCAUCAGCAGCACGGUGGCCGGGACCACGGGCACAGGAGCUGGCUUUGGUUUCAGCGGUUCUGGCACCUUUGGUUACCGGCCCAGCUCUGUCUCGGGGGGCUACGGCAUGCUGUCCGGGGGCUGUGUCACUGGCAGUGGGAACUGUGGCCCCCGCGGAGAGGCCAAAACCAGGCUGGGCAGUGCAAGCGAAUUCAAGGACGCCCAGGGGAAGACCUCAGCUCUGAGCUCCCCCACCAAGAAAACCACAAGAUAAAGUGAAAGUGUAUUUCCCCACUGUCCACCUCACCCUGGUUUCCUCUGGACUCCCUUCUCCAGGAAACUCCUGCAUCACAUUUAUCAUCAUCUCCUUCUUGCUUUUCCUUUCCACUGACAUUCCCUCUCUUCUAC